CUCCCAUGCCUGUUCUAGCAGGAGGUGACCUUACAAAUUACAGUUGAUUGAAUCAUUUAGUUUUAACAAAGUGUUGCUUUAUUAUGCUACUUUAGUGAAAGAUCUUGCAUUAUUGAGUGAUUUAGUUACCGAAUCAUGGCAGAAGCUCAGCAGGCUCGGGUGCAGCAGGCAGUAGAGGAGAUGGUACAGAGUCUGGAGAGGGAUCACAUCCGAAAAAUGCAGGGUCGGAUGUUCCGGUGCAGCGCCGAAUGCUGCGAGCGCUCGACGGAUUCCAUGAACCAGGUGCAUCAGUGUAUAGAACGCUGCCACACCCCUCUAGCUCAAGCACAGGGACUGGUUACGACCGAGCUGGAGAAGUUUCAGGACCGUCUGAAGCGCUGCACCAUGCACUGUAACGAUAAAGCCAAAGACCUGUUCGAUUCGGGGGCGAAGGAGGCGGCGGUGCGCUCCCUGAUGGAGAAGUGCGUGGGCAGCUGUGUGGACGAGCACCUGAGCCUGUUACCCAGCAUGACCCGGCGUCUGAAGGAGAGCCUGGACUCUAUACCGCAGUGAACGCGCCGCUCGUACAGUCGGUGAUGGACCCGCCGGAGCAUGGACGGAGGGGUCUGGGGUCUCCGUGAAGGACCGAGUGAUCUGUACUGACUGAUCCGUCGUUACCUCAACCAUGUGUUUUUGUACGGACAAUAAAAAUAUGAAAAAUGA